GCGACGCCGUGUCUAACAGGAAGUAUCUUCUAAUCACUAGUUAGCCUGUGGAGCAAGUGUAAGUUUAAUGGUGGCAUUAACACAAUGCUGAACGAAAGUGAACUGGCAACGCUGCGGAACAGAUUUAAGAAAGAUGCGGAGUUUCUCAUGCAGACAUCGACGUCCGGUGACGAAGGUGAAAAGAGUCAAAAGGAAAAAGAUGCUAAACCACUCCCUCGCAUUAACAGACACUCCGUUUUCUGGAUCGUUGCAUCUGUAGGUGUGACCUACUAUGUAGAUUUCCUCCGUAACAUCAUGGAGAAUGAAGAUAUCAAAAGUUGGUGGUUCAAUGUCGGUCUCAUACUCCUCGUGAUCUGCCUUUCUCUGGCCAUGUUUUGCAUUGUGUACCUGGAGUGGUUUAAAGGAAUCGAGCACUAUGACCACGAGUACCCUGCCAUUCCUCCCAUCACCACUGCAGCAUUUAUUGCUGCAUCUUGCAGCUUUAACAUGGCACUGUGGCCGGUGUGGUCCUUCUUCACUCCGCUCAUCCUCUUCACACAGUUCAUGGGUGUGGUCAUGUUCAUCUCUUUGCUUGGAUGAAUGUGACAGGUGAGGAUCAUACGCUGUCAUUUAAUUUUCACAAAAUGUGGUUUUAUUGAAAUCAGUAACACUGUAUUUGGCCUUAAAUUGUCAACAGUCAAGUGAAAUCAUUAAACAUUACAUAUUUAAUACCAAUGCUUCAUACAGAAAAUUUGACAUGUUACAUGAUCUUGUUCACCACAAUGUUGACUUUAGUUUUUAUAGUUUUCCUCUGCGGCUUACCCAUAUUACUUGAACAGCGGACAAGUUGUCAACUGCAUUAAUAAUCUUCACUGCAGUGAUAUCAAUACAGAAAACACACACCAAAAUCAAACGCACACUUUACAGUAAUGGUAUACUGCCAUCAGUCCACACACCUCCCUAUUGAAACGCAUCUCGCAACACAGCAGCUAACAUUUUCAGAACACAUUUAAAAACAUAUGUAAUGGUGGCAUGAUCACAUUCCUUCACCUCCUUGUGUUCAGACAGAAUCCUGCCACAUUCGCAUACAUGAACUCCUGAUUUUCUUCAUCUGCCUCAAGUUCAACUAUUCUCUGCACCUGAGAGAGUCAAAGAGAGAAUAAAGUAUUUUCAGUAUAUAAAAUACUUGAUAUAGAUUUAUGCAAUACAACACAUAAAAAUGACCCGUUAACACAAGAUAACUGUUAAUGCUUGAACAUGUUCCUAUCCCAGACCGUUUAACACUAUUCUAUGUUGCAUUCAGGUCGUUAUGGUGAAAAUGUUCUCAAUUUGUUAAGUUUAGCAGCUUGAAUUUAAUUUGAACCUUAUCUACCUUGUUGUUUGUGCCCCUACCAUCCUCUCUCACACCUUCCUGAGAUAACCUGUUGGAGACCUACACCUGCAGCAGAUCUUGUUGUGAGAUUAGCAGACCAUUCUACUGAAACAACACAGCUGCUGUUAUGUGGUGUGUGUGUGUUUGUGUGUUUUUGGCUGGGGCUGGUCAACAUUGUAGGAUCACUGUGGUGUUUGGAUGCUGAGAGUUUUAACUGUCUCACUUUAUGAUUUGUCUCAAAAAAUGUGAUGCAUUGUGUUGAGUGUUUGUCAAACAGCACUUAGGAGUUUUUAAGUCACUGAGUGUAAUGAAUGUUUUGAGAGUAGUCCUUUUUCACAGGGGACAUUUUUUAUUGUUGUAGCAGGAGAAACUGUUACUUAAUAACAGUUAUAAUUCAAUAAAUGGUAAAACGUAUUUAAUUCUUUGAGCCUUGACAGUCAGCCAGCAUACGCAACACCAGAACCUUCAGACUGAAGCAACUAAAUCAAGUUCAGCCAUUUUUAAUGUGCACCUGAACUUUUUUUCUGCUGUAAUGAGAUAAAAAUCGCCCCUGUGAAAAACUGUGUGCUUUAUAUAUAAAUGAAAAUGAAUGAGCAAACUGUCAUCAUUUUUUCAACUGUUUAAUGAAACCAACAAAGUUUUUAAACCGUUUUAUUUUUCUUGAAUAGUUUGUGCUGAAGAAUAUAAAGACUUCUGUUCAUAUUGUUUUUUCUUUUCUUUAAUAAACUUUUAUAACAUAACUACUA